AUUUCCGCCGUCAAAUACAAUACUUGAAGCAGUUUUAAGAUACAAACUACAACAGUAUAUGACACUUUAUAGUUAUAAGCUAAUUAAUCAUUUGUGCCGCGUAAUUAUGGCUUCAGCCUUGGAAAACUAUGUUAACAGUAUCCUUUUUAUAAAUUAUUUACGUCAUUUUAGCAUUAAUAAAUAAUGGCAGGAGACGUAAUUAAGUUUACUUUAAGUUUAAAUAAGUUUAAAAUAAGGCAGGCUGCCAGCCAGGUGUUAAUUUCAAAAUUUUUAGUCAUAGAGCGAUGUGCCCUUAAAGUCUAAACCUAAGCAGCUAAGCAUGAUUCAGGAUGAACAUGAAUCGAAUCAAUUUCAAUUUAAUGGUUAAGCGAAUUUACUUUUGAUUCACAACUUUGAGUUUCUGUAUAGGAUUCUCUCCCCUUUGUUUAUUCAAGCAUUGUUGCUAAAGUUAACUAAUUUCUUUUUAAAAAUAUUGCUACUAUUACCUUGAUGGAAAGUUUUGGUAAAUUUACCCAAUCCGCGCCACUCAUUUCCCCAUGUUUCUCCACUACUUUUUUCCACACUGCUGCCAUCUUUGUUGCCAUGAUGGCAGAUGAGUCAUAACAACAAAGGUUUUUAGUUUUAAAAAUGAGUGCUAAAAUACAUCUACUAAAAUGGGUAGGGAAAGGGAGAGAAUUAGUUGUUUUAACUUCUUACAGAGAGAAACAAAAAUUAGGAAAAAAACACGCUAAAAUUGAAUGAAAUAAAAUUUUGAGAAAAUUCUUCAAUCAUAAAAUCUAUAACUCUGCCUUACCUGAAUUCUAAGUAUGUAUCCCGAACUCAAGCAUAACUCCCCCCCCCCCCUCCCAAUUUUGUCCUCCCUAACUGGAGUGUAAAUUGACCAUUAAAUAGACCCCCCUAACUUGAGCAUUUAUCUUUAAACCUAAAAUCCAUGACCUAUAUCCCGAACCCAACCAUAACUCCCCCCCCCCCUCCCAAUUUUGUCCUCCCUAACUGGAGUGUAAAUUGACCAUUAAAUAGACCCCCCUAACUUGAGCAUUUAUCUUUAAACCUAAAAUCCAUGACCUAAUGCGAACCCUAAAACCAUGUGUUCGUGUGCUACAGCUACACACUUUACUGACUGUACUGUAAUGAGAAUAUUGUAAAUUAGAAUACAAAUUUUGCCGGUAUUUUGAAAAAUGGAUUUUAAUUUUUCUGAUAACUUUUGGAUUUUUUUUUUGGUGGCACCUGCAAUAAAGUUUUUUAAAGUGUAAUAAAUGAAAAUGUAAGUUGGGUUUUCAUUAUUUUUUAACAUAUUAAAAAUAAUGUUGAUCUUUUUAUUAAAAUUUAUGAUUUUUUCAGUAUAGUGCAGUGUGUAAAACAGUAGCAUACGAACACAUGAUUUUGGGGUUCAAGUUAGGUCAAAGAUUUUAGGUUUUAAGAUUUACCCUCAAGUUAGGGGGGAUUAGGUUCAGGGGUAAAUUUACGCUCAAGUCGGGGGGAAUUAACACUUGAGUCAGAGUUACUGAGUUAGCAUUCAGAUUAGGUAGAGUUGUAAAUUUUAGAUUGAAGGUUUAUCUAAAAAAAUUACAAGUAAUUAAUUGCAGACCUGUUUACUCUUAUGAUUUUGGCGUACAAUGUAUGAUUUUGAUGUGUACAUAUUACAUAUUAUAUACUGCAUGUUUAUUUUUUUACUAUUAAGAUGUAUAUAACGAUUUUUUGAUGAUAUUGUACGAUUUUAAGAGUUUGAUGGUAAACAGGUCUGUAAUUAAAUUUUAAUGAUUUUUUCCUAAUUUUCAUUUCUCUCUGUAAGUAGCUAAAGAAACCAUCUUGGUUGCCAUGACACGUUUUCUUUUCAUGGCAACCAAGAUGGCAUCAUGGGAAACGCGUGGCCCGCUGAACGUAAAUUUAUCUAAUGGCUAAAUUUAUAUGGAUACAUUUAGUUUGUAAUUUUGUUCCUUUCCCCGCUUACUUUUAACUGUGUAAACAACAUUCACUACUAUGAUAGCCUUAAUUUAUGUAGAAAGUAAUGCCACUACUACUAUAAAACCAAUUACUACUAGAUGUGAAUGUAGGAACUUUAUUGUAUCGCUCAGAUAUGAGGCAAGACCCAUUGAUAACCUGUGCUCAGCCUCUUUCACUUUUAGUGUCCUCUGUCUCAACUGCGGUUGUUACAAACACUAUGAUCGCCAAAGGCUAAGAAUAGUUGUGUUUUCAUUUUUAAAAAAACAAAACAAAACAUUGCACCCAGCCUUUGUGGUUUUGCCAUUUCCAGUGAAACUAAACCGUCAUCAAAUAGAUAUAUCAUGAUAUAAAUAUGUCAUCUAUGAAUGAAAAACACAUUUUGAAAAUGAUUAGAUCUAUAGGUUUUUUUUUUUUUUACAACAACACAAUUGAAAUAGAAUAUUUUAAAUCUUUUAUUUUUUCACAGUAAAAUUUACAACAAUGUCAGUAAUAAUAAAUACGAAGUGGCUAUUCGCACCUGAGUACCAGAAGUGAGAGGUUGGGAUUAAAAAAAUAUUUAAAAUAUUAUUGAUGGGUUUGUAAGACUGAGGUAUCAAAUGAAAGAUAAUUGAAUGGACUAUAUGUUUGUAAACUUACUUCUUAAAUUUAACUAAAAUAAACUAGCACAAAUGACAUCCGAAUAGCAUUUAGUCAAAAUGACCCUGGACACGCAGCGCCACCAUUCGCAAAAAACAUACUAUAACUAUAAAUUUAGCUAUUGCUUCGAGUGUCAUUGAACACCACAUAUUGUCUGAUGAAUAGUAUUAAGAAACUGGGGAAAGCUUGGUCAUUUCCAAAAAUGUAUAAGUUUAUAAAUACCAAGACAUUCUCAGUCUGUCUUUGUUGGAAAGUGAUCUUUGUGAAAAAAUUUACCUAUUUACAAAAUAUAAUUAAACUUAUGAUAUCUUUUUAGAUUACCGGGGUACAUGUAAAUGUUUUACUGAGGAGAUAAAAAAAAAUUGGCAGGUUAUACGUUUUGUAACUAUUUAAAUCAGGCCUACGUGUAAAGGCUUCAUAACAGGUCUGCAUGCAGCCUGAUGGCCAGUCCUAUAAUAUGUUAAGUUAAAUUUUAUUUAGAAAAAAUGUAUUUUAGUUUUACUAUACUUAUAUACUAAACUUAGUUAAACUUAAAUACUGGUUUUUUUAAAUUUUUUUUUUAGAUCCACAGUGUUCAAAUAGAUCUAGCUAAGUUUUUAAUUCUUUAAUAAAUGUAACUUAAUUUCUGUUAUUCUCCUUAACCGGCUAUAAGAAAUGGUUGAAAUUGUGACAGCUGAUGGACGUGUUAUAGUGGUGAGUUGAAUUUGAGUCAACAAUUAAGAAUGUAAUCAAAUAUGUCAGCUUAAUACUUACAAAAUCUUUAAUGUUGUAGAAAUUGUUACAAAGUUUAUGUAGUAAAAUUGGAUAAAUGUUGUUGUUUUUUUUAUUUGCAAGGGUACCCUCAAGGGUUUUGAUCAAACUAUUAACCUUAUUCUUGAUGAGAGUCAUGAAAGAGUCUAUAGCACUGGUCAGGGUGUUGAACAAGUCAUUCUUGGACUUUACAUUGUUAGAGGAGACAAUGUGUAAGUGUUAUUUGUGUAUUUAAUUGUCUUUUAAUUGAGUCUGUUUUACAUUUUUGUGGGUGCGAAAGUUGUGAGAAUUUUUCAGGCUUUAAAGAAAUGUUUAGAAAUUAAGAAUCUUUUAAAUCACUUUUUUAAAACACAACUCCUUGGAACGACAUAUAUUUUCCUUUCUGACUUCAUUCUUUUUUAGUACCGGUAUUACUUCGUCAUAGUUAUUCCUACAUUAUCAUUAGUUGCCACUUUUUAAAAAUGUAGUAAGGUUACUGCUACCCAGCAAAGCACUUAAAAAUCAUUUACCUUUUCUACUUGCCUUAAGGCAUGCAGCUCUUCAGAGGAAUAGAUUAUAGAUUCAGCUUUAUUAUUUUUUUUUUCAAAUAAUUAAUAACCUUUCAACAACCUGCUCCUUGCCUGCAGUUCACAAAAUAAAAUAUGUCCUUGGUUAAUAUAAUUUAUAAAAAAUGGCUCCUCACUCAAAAAAUUGCAGAACCAUGUUUGAAGCUGACUUUGUCCUGAAUUGAAAUGAAACACAUACUUAAGCUGUUUCUUAAAUUAGGAUUCAUUAUUUUAUCCCACUAAAUGUGAUGAUGAUAGGUGUCAGAAUUCCUGUUAUCUCCUUAAAAAGUAAUGAUUAAUUUAGUUUCUUUUAAUUGUAUCAGUUUUCUUCUUUCUCCUAGAGCGGUUAUUGGUGAGGUGGAUGAUGACACAGAUAAUGGACUUGACUUUGAAAGCAUUCGAGCAGAGCCUUUGAAUGCAAUCACUCAUUGAGGAUUGAAAGUUGUAUUGAAAGACCAUUGAACCUCAGAAGUAAAACUGUUAGAUGCCUAUAAAAUUUGUAGCAAGUGAAAUAUUUUAAAGAUAAAUGUGGGACUUUUGCAACACUAAAGACAUGAAAGAAUGCAGCUUUCACAUGUGUCUGUCAAAGUGCAGAAUUUUAAUGACUCUUUUUGGUACUUGCUCAAGAAACUAAAAAAAUAAAAUGUAAAAAAAAUGGUAUAAUGUUUCAUAAAUUCAAACAAUUUGUACUUGUACUAAUUGCUAAUGCCAUGCUAACAGUAAUGGCUUUUAGUACUAAUACACUUAAAAUGCAUUUUUAACAUAGCUUUUAGAAAGGAACUGAAAUUAAAUUUGGAAUUUCUAAUUGACCCAGACUGCCUUUAAUUUAAAGUUUAAGUGCCAAAACUGAUAAAAAAGAAUUAAUUAAAAAAAUUAAAAAUGGUGUUUUAACCAGUUUGAGAAAUCUUUGUUUUAUCUCAGGGUUUCUUGAAUAAUGAAAAAUUUCAAACUUGUAUGUUUGAGCACUUCAGAUGCAAAACAUGGGUUAAGUUUUAAAAAUUAUGCCUUUUGUUUACUGGUGAGAAUAUUUGUUUUGCAUCCAUUCUAAUUAUAAUGAUAAAAAAACCCAUUGUAUUUCAUUCAACUUUUUAUUGCUCAUCCUCUUGUUUGUCAUUUGAUUUUUUUACAAAACUGUUAUGUACUGGUAAAAAUAAAUUUACAAGAAAUGUGGGGGGUUUUCAAACUGAAAUCUGAAAUAUGAUUCAUUAGAGGAAUUACAAAAUUUUUAAAAUGUAAAUAAUAUAUUGUUCCUUCUACACCACUAAUUUUUACUGCAUUUGGUGGUUUUUGGAUCACAUUCACAAAUAGACAAAAAAUGUGGGUGCGAAGGUUUUGAAUGUUUUUUGUGACAAAUAAAAAGUAUGUGAUGCAUGUAUGAAUAGUUUUGUAAAUAUUUUAGUUGAGUACCAUGGUUCAAUGUAGUGCAAGCAAAAUUUAUGUUGAGUUGUAGCUAUUUACGCUUCUUAAUUUUGUGGGCUGGAUUUAACAAAAGAAAGAAAAUCCUGGUGCCCCUGAGUCCAGAGUAUGAAUGAGACUUGCAUAUUUAGAUUACCCAUGGUAAUACCUAUUAAUACCUGGAUGAAAGUUACAAAUUUGUCUCAUCUUUAAUGUGUAAAAUUAAAAUCAUUGUUUUACUGGAAGUGUAGAGCAUGUGUAAUUACUUUAAUGUUGAACACAUUUAAUGUCUGGAAUAAAAUCUGAUUAAUGAGUUAUGUCUAUUUUUGAAAUGAUUUGUCCUCAUAUAAAGAAUGCUUAGUUAACUUAGUUUGUACGAUUAGCCAGAUUAACAACAAAAGAUUGCGUAUUGUUCAAAAAGGGUCUUCUUUUGUAGAUGUAAGGGCAAAAACAGAAUUAAAAAAAGAAAUACAUCAGGGUAUGAAAUAAGGGGAAAGUAGUCAAAGGAGGUAAAGAAAAAGAAAACAGGAGAGGGAUUUACAUGAACAUAACGUAAUAUUUAUAUAAAUAAAAACACUAGAACUAGAGUGAUCAACACUCUUGCUGGUCAGUAUACGUAUUUAUAUCCUGAGAGUGAACAUGAGCUACAACCUUUAAAGAGAGCAUAGUCUUUAAGUUAUUUUGUUUAAAAUGAAUAUAAUUCAAACUUGGAUUAUCUUCAGAGUUGGAGCAGAUUAAUUUCAAAUUAUCAAUCAUUGUAAAGAAAAGUCAUACAUUUUACCAUUACAUUUUCAUUAUGUAUCUAUCAUUCCAGGAUGUGUUAGUACUGGUUCUUAUUGCUAGGUCAAAAACCAGCAUUCCACAACAUCUGAUGACAAACUUCCUUAUUUGUACAAAAGAGCAAUCCAUAAUUUCUUUUAUUUUAAGUAAAAGUUUUGAGUAGUGUUUUAGUGCAGUAUUUCAAUCCCAUCAGUAUGUAUAACCAUUGUACUAUGGUCACAGAGUUUUCUUGUACCCUUUAAUAACUUCAUCAAAGCAAUUCAGUUUUAUUUUUUAUCUUAUCUAUCUUUUAUAAACAAUCUAAACAAGACAUGAAAAUCAAUC